AGAAUGUUGUUUUUUUGUGGAAAAAGUAAAUAAACUGUCUCGAUCGGAAAAGUUUUCGCGAUUUCCUUGGUUUUUAACGUAAUUAAAUAAAUUUAAAAUCGUAAGUUUAGUGCAAAACCCACCUCGAAAAUGUCGGCGGCAUUCAAGUUGGCGAAAAAGAAAUACACGCAGCAAGAUCUGCGUCGUAUUAUGCACGAAACGAAGGCGAGCGGCGCCGGUGGCAAAUCAUCACAAGAUUCCGCUUUCAAGCGGAUCGAAUCACCUCUGGCAAAGUACAACGAAGCAGGUCAGCUAACGUGCAUUCUGUGCAACUCGGUCGUCCGCUCGGAAGCAGUCUGGAAGGUCCAUAUCAAUUCGAAGCAGCACAAGGAAAACAUAGAACAGGCCAAAAAGCUGAAGGAAAAGGUUGCAGAAGCACCCUCGCCUAUUCAAAGUCAGACACCACCCGUCACCGUUCAACCACCAGUGGCCACCUCCUUCAAGCGACCUUCCUCGCCGACACCCGCGGACUCCGGAACCGGAAGCAAGCGAAUCAAGGGAAUCCUCAAGAAUUCCACCUCGGACCAGAAGCAAUCCCUCCCGUCGGACUUCUUCGACUCGGGCAGUACCAAAAUCAACAAAGAUCUGGUAAACAUCCGGCUUCCGACGACGAAGAGGGCAAACGCCGAAGAAGCGGAACCAACGGCGCAGGAACCUCCCCCGGACGAGGAGAAACUGCCCGAAGGCUUCUUCGACGAUCCGAAAGCGGACGCUAAGGCGCGCAACAUCGAGUACAAGGACCCCAACGACGAAGAGUGGGAACGGUUCCAGCGGGAGAUCAAGGAGGCCACCACCGAAUCGUUGGCCAUCAUCAACGAGGAACAGGAAGAAUCGACGGCCGAGCGGCAGAUCAGCGAAAUCGACGAGCAGAUCCGGAACUGGUCCCGGGUGUUGAGCCUGGAGCGGAAGAAAGAGGCGGUCCGGCAGAGGACACUGACGGCGAUGGAGGUGGGCGAGCAGCUGCAGCAGCAGCAGCAGCAGGCCGUGAAGGUGAAGAAGGAAGAAGCGGACGAUAGCGAUGAGGAAGGGGACGAUGCAGAGUUCGACGAGUUUCCCGACUGGAGGGCGAAGAAGUCGUUCAAGUAGGAGGGAUGGUGCGGGUGGGUAAGUGAUUUUGUUAAUGUGUAUUUCCGCGAAGAAUAUGAGGUUGAGUUGUAUAAUGGUAAUAAUAUGGAAAUUCACUG